GUGUAGUCUUCCGACUAGCUGAGGUUUGCAGUGGCUGUUCCUGGAACGUUCUGCUUUUCCUUCUUGCCUCAGGAGAUACACCAGCUACAUGGGAGCAGAGAACAGGACAGGUGCAUCACAGUUCCUUCUGCUGGGCCUCUCAGAUGAUCCUAUAUUGCAACCUCUUCUCUUUGCACUGUUCCUGGCCAUGUACCUCAUCACUGUGGUCGGGAACCUGCUCAUCAUUGCAGCUGCCAGCUCUGACUCCCACCUCCACACACCCAUGUACUUCUUUCUCUCCAACCUGUCCUUCACUGACAUCUGCUUAACUUCCUCCACGGUCCCAAAGAUGCUGGUGAACAUCCAAACACAGGACCAAGGCAUCUCCUACAUACAGUGCCUCACUCAGGUUUAUUUUUUCAAUAUUUUUCUUGGCAUGGAUAAUUUUCUCCUGACUGUGAUGGCUUAUGACCGCUUUGUGGCUAUCUGCUACCCCUUGAAAUACACAGUCAUCAUGAACCCCCGGCUCUGUGGGCUUCUGCUUCUGGUGUCUUGGGUCAUCAUGUUCUGGGUCUCCCUGAUGCAUAUUCUUCUAAUGAAACAGCUGAUCUUCUCCACAGGAACUGAAAUCCCUCAUUUCUUCUGUGAAUUGACUGAGAUGCUCAAGGUGGCCAGCUCGGACUCCCUCAUCAACAACAUCUUUCUGUAUGUGGUUACUGCCGUGUUGGGUGUGUUUCCUGUCACUGGGAUUCUCUUCUCCUACUUUCUCAUCAUCUCCUCCAUACUGAGGAUGUCCUCUUCUGUGAGCAGGUACAAAGCAUUUUCCACCUGUGGGUCUCACCUCUGUGUGGUGUCUUUGUUCUAUGGGACA